AUGGUGGAAAAAGAAGCUUAUGAUCGCAUCGCAACCUUAGAGGUUGUUAAUGAAGAACUUUCUGACCCGGAGGAUGAAGGUGAAGUUAAUAUUCAACUCGCCCCAGCGGUGUUGGACGACACACCUCCCAAAGUUAAAGACCCUACUGAGAAGGUUAACCUGGGCACAGUGGACGAGCCUAUGGAGGUAUCUAUCAGCGCUUACCUAGAGCUUAGCGAGAAGCAGAGGCUCAUAGACUUACUGCAAGAAUUCAAGGAUUGCUUCGCGGAGAAGUAUGAGGACAUGCCCGGCCUGUCGCCAGAUUUGGUUUGUCAUCAACUACCAACUCUUCCUGACAAGAGGCCCGUUAAGCAGGAACCUCGACGAAUGAAUUCGGAGACCCAGAUUCUUGUAAAGGAAGAGGUAGAGAAAAUGCACAAAUCAGGAUAUCAUCAGAUUCCGGUCGCUGAAGAAGACAGACACAAGACUGCUUUCCGCUGCCCUGGCUUCACAGGAGUUUUCGAAUAUGUGGUCAUGCCGUUUGGCCUGAAGAACGCAGGUGCGACGUAUCAGAGAGCCAUGAAUUUGAUCUUCCACGACAUACUGGGAAAGGUUCUAGAGGUAUACAUUGAUGAUGUAGUCGUCAAGUCUCAGAAGAGAGGGGAUCACAUCGUGGAUCUCAGAAAAGUAUUUGAGCGCAUGCGCAGACAUAGACUUAAGAUGAACCCGGCCAAGUGUGUGUUUGGGGUUCAGGCAGGAGACUUUCUGGGGUUUAUAGUCCAUCAGCGAGGAAUUGAAGUCCCCGAGGACAAGGCAAGCGCAGUCAUUAAUGCAUCUCCCCCGCGGACGAAGAAGGAAUUACAACGUCUGUUGGGUAAGAUUAAUUUUCUAAGGCGUUUCAUCUCUAACUCUGCAGGAAAAAUCCAACCGUUCUCACCUUUGCUGAGAUUACAAGGGCAGAACGAGUUUGUGUGGGAACCCAAACACCAAGAGGCUUUCGACAGCAUCAAGGCCUAUUUGGCAAACCCACCAGUCUUGGUUCCACCUAGAACCGGGAUCCCAUUAAAGUUGUACAUUUCAGCAGCCGAGGCUUCCAUUGGCAGCCUGCUCGCUCAGGACGAUGAGGGAGGUGUCGAGCAUGCUAUAUUUUAUCUCAGCCGCACACUGACAGACUGCGAGACAAGGUACACCCCUAUGGAGAAGCUGUGCCUAACCCUGUACUUUUCAGCGUGCAAGUUGCGACACUACAUGCUAUCCUUUACCACUUGCAUCAUCGCUCAGACCGAUUUGGUCAAAUACAUGUUGUCCAGGCCUAUCUUGAGGGGCCGCAUUGGCAAAUGGGUAUUGGCGCUUUCAGAGUUUUCACUCCAGUAUGUACCCCAGAAAGCUGUCAAAGGGCAGGCCAUCGCAGACUUUCUCGCACAUCAUCCUACGUUAGAAGUACCUACACUGAAGGAGUUAGAGAUUGCCUGCACCACUACGACUCGACCAGAUAAAGCGUGCAUCCCUGAGUACGCGGUUUGGUAUCAAGCCACAAUCUCUCUACAGCCCUGGGUAUUAUUCUUUGAUGGUUCACGAACGGAUACGCUGGCUGGCGCGGGGAUUGUUUUGGAAAACCCGGCUGGUGACCGCUUCUCUUAUUCAUUCCAGCUAACAUUCCAAUGUACCAAUAAUCAGGCUGAGUAUGAAGCUCUUAUCAUUGGACUCAAAGUCUUACUGGAAAUGGGCAUAAGAGACGUUCAGAUCCGCGGCGAUUCUCAGCUCGUUAUUAACCAGCUCCAGGAAAAAUAUCGCUGUGCGAGUUGGUUGCCCAUACCUUAUCUGAACCGCGCCAUCGAGCUUCUGGAUCAAUUUACCGAUGUUGAUAUGGAAUAUAUACCACGCGAGCGCAACUUUGCAGCUAAUGAGCUCGCUCAGUUGGCUACUGGCAUCACAUUGAAGUAUGGAGUGCGUGAGCGCAUUUUGAAAGUUGAACGUCGCACACUGCCUUCGUGGUUUGCUCGCCCUGAUCCACCAGACGAGCCCGUCAUCGCGGUACUGGAACCUAUUGAUGUUGAUUGGCGGAUUCCAUUGGUUGAAUACCUCAAACACCCAGGCCCCAGCGCUGACAGGAGGAUGCAUUUCCUCGCAUUGAAUUACUUCCUUCGAGGCGAUGAGUUGCGCCGACGGGGGGAGGAUGGCGUCGAUUUUCGGUGUGUCUAUGGUCGCGAGGCUAAGAGAUUAAUGCGCGAGGUGCACACGGGGAUAUGUGGAUCCCAUCAAGCUGGACCUAAGAUGCGCUGGCUCCUGCGACGUCAUGGCUAUUAUUGGCCCAGCAUUUUGAAGGAUUGUAUCGCAUUUGCCAAAGGAUGUGAGGACUGUCAGCACAAGUUUAUCAUCGUCGCCACUGACUACUUCACUAAAUGGGUUGAAGCAGAGCCUUUGAAGGAGGCCUCAGGCGCUACCAUUCGCCAGUUUAUUUUCCGUAACAUUCUUUGCAGGUUUGGUAUCCCUGAGGUGCUGGUUUCGAACAGGGGGGCAGCGUUCAUGGGAGGCCCCGUUGAGGAGUUGGUCAAUGAUUUUGGCAUUCAAUUCAUACAUAGUACUCCGUAUUAUGCUCAAUCUAAUGGAUCUGGGCGCUACCACCUCAGAGCAUUCUUCCUCUCUACACUUAGAUCCUCCUCCUCAGUCGCCUCCUCUGUCAUCAUUACCGGAGGAAGAGGGAAAGAAGAGAUCCUUCAUACCCUUUCCUUGAGCCGUUCCUCCGGGCAGGAGUUGGGGUCCGGAGCAGGCGUGACUCACAACCACAUCUACCUCCUGGGGUAA